CUGUUUAUUUCGCAGCAAACAAUAGGAGCGCACACACACACAGCUAGCGCAUCAACAAAAACAAAUCGCUAAAAUUAUUAAAAUAAUAGUAAACAAAAGUAGUACGCGGCCAGGCCCGGACAGAAUGUCGCCCUGAAACCCGCUGUUGCUGCCGCACGGAAAUUGCCAUUUUCCUCGCUGGCGUUCUCCUUCGAUCGCCGCGUUCAGUUUGGUCUCAUCGCUCUAAGCGUCCACUACGCUACGUUACCCGAUGCCCAAGAAGUUGCUGGCCAGCCGGAGCAGACUCUUCGACGUGCCCGUUGGCGUGUGACUGUGAUUAUCUGUGAUUCUCCAUGGCCGGGAUGGAGGUGAAGGUGGAGGAGAAGGAGGAGGAGCAGCAACUGCUGCUGGAUACCCUGAUCGGACUGUGGAGCCAAUAUCUCCAGGCCUCGGAGCUCGAAGAUGCGAGUGUCAAGGACCACUGGCUGUGGCUGUUGCUCUAUAACUUUCAGUUUCUGGACGAUAAGACCUUGGAGAACGCCUGGUUUAAUAGCCACUUCAACCUGAUGCCCGAAGAGCUCUGCUCCUAUUUGUUGGAGCAGGUCUAUCAGAUCAUCAGCGAGGCGAAGAGAUCUCAAAUCAGCAGUCCGGAGGAGCAACCGGAGCAGCAGGACAAGUGCAUCAAGCAGCUGCGCAAGCAGCAUAAUCUAGCCCAGCUAAUACUCAGCACACCCAGUGAUUGCAACAAGAUUCUUGCCCUGCGGACCUUUCUCACCGAUGAGUUGGGCCACCACCUGUUGGCCUUUCUGUUGCGCGUGGAUAUCAAGCAUAUUGCCUCCCAGAAGAGCCUGUGCCAGCUGUGCAUCAACCUGUUCCCCAACUGCAAGUGGAGCCCGUCCAACGAGCCCCUGGUUGCCCUGACCAGCAUUUCGCAGUUCAUCGGCAGUUUCUACCUCAAUUCGCAGAGCAAAAAGCUGCGACGCCAGCAGCCGCAAAAAAGUCAAUUACCCCAUCACAUAUCCAAUGCCAUCGAAUCGAAUUUCGAGAACUUUCAAAGGACAACGAGGAGCAGCGAUGAACUGGCCCUGUUGCUCAUCCAGUUACUCACCAGGUGUGUGGAUGCCGAGCAGGAGUCCCAGUUGAGUGUGACGGUUCACAACUUUGCCCUGGGACACUUGUGCGCCACCUUGGAGCACGAUGCAUCCGGUGACAACGAUGAGAUCAUUAAGUUUGAGCUCCUGCAGCUAAUAGCCCGCUGUGUGAACAACUUUUACAUACUGGAGCAACAGCAACCGAAUGUUCAUGAUUUCAACAGCAACUUCGGGCAGCUGCUCUACGCCCUGACCGCCAAUCGAAGGAGCCCGCUGCUGGCCCAUGGAGUACUAUACAUAAUGUUCGGAACGCUCCACAAUCUCGUGGACAAUGGCGUAAGGGAGCUGAAUCAGAUCGACGUGAGGAACUUUGAUGCCUGCUUUGAGGUUCUCCAGGAGGCAGCCAAGUCAACGAACUUCUCCACCGCCAUAUUCCUGCAUAUAUACAAGAUGUUGCUCCGGCUGACGGAUAAUCUGUCCCGGCAGGAGCAGCAUCUGCAAAGUCUCAUGGAGAGCAGUGCUUCCACCGCUUUGCCCAAGCAACAGCAGCAACAUCCACGACACAAGAGACAGCGCAGCAGUCAGCUUCAUUGCUCGGGAGCCAGUUCGCUGAGCUGUUACUUCCAGGGAAAACUCUAUCAUCUGCUGCCCAGCUUGGAGGCGGAACUCCAGGAGCACAGUGUAAGGAGUCUCCUCCGAACAGGAAGCUGUUGCUGCCACUACAAUGCCAGGAACUACGCCACCUGCCUGAAACUGGCCACUCAACUAUCCAGCAGUUAUCAAAAGUGUGCCUACAAGUUUCUGCACUACAGUGUGCUGCACACAAUCUUCGUGAAACGGAACCCCCAGGGCUGCCCAGGAUGCGAGGAUAAGCUAAAGUCGGCUGUUUUUCACACGGACCUGCUGAACAUAUACAAGGAGAACUACAAAGCCCUGUUGAACACCCCUGCCAUGUUGCUAUUUCUAAAGCACUUGAAGCAUAUCGCCUACUUGCUGUCCUACGACUUGGCCGCUGGCAUCCUGGCGGAGGUGGCCCUGCCCAUUUUUCGGCAGUACAAAGAACUGAUCGAAAGCAGCGGUAGUGUGAGAAGGAAUAGCAAAGUGACUCCUCUCCAACUGCCCAGCAGAUUGGAGAACUACAGAGCUCUGCACGAGUGUCUGAGCAUCUUUGUGAUGUACCUGAGCGACAUUCGGCUGGUUAAAGCUUUCUACAACGAGGAGAACAUCCGCUACAUGCAGGACCUACUAACCAUUCCCGAACUCCAGCGGGGAGUAUGCGAUCUGAUCAAGGUGGGCAUCGAUAACAUAGCGUUUCUGGGCGAGAACAGCCAGGAGCAGAUCACGUUGAGCAGGAGACUCAUCCAAUUGCAGCUGAAUAGCAGUGACCGGGCAUCUCAGCUCUUCCAGGCUCUGCUGCACAAGUGUGCCAAGAACUCGCGCAGCAAAUUCUGGCUAGAUGAGAUCGCCAGUCCCGUAAAGCUCGAGGGUCACAAGCCAGCGGAUAUACUCUACAUAACCGCCCUGCAAUGGACCCUCAACUUUGAGCUGCUUAAGACAAGUCAGAUGUUUUAUAACGAAUUUGCCAAAAUCUACUCGAUACCCGUGGAAAUGCUGGACAACGAGGACGACGAUGAGGUGGAGACACCAACGAGCGAGCAGCUGCCGGAGGAGAAGAAGCUGCGGCAUGGGGAUAAAAACAUCGUUGACAUUUUGAAGCUCAACUACAAUGCGCUGGGCUGCUUCCUCAUGCUGCCGAAAGCCACAACGGGGGCAACCACAUCUUCCACCGCAACCACGCCCACCGCCGGCAUUUGCGGCUCAAGUUCAUUGGAAACCCUGGUCUCGCAGCUGCCUCUCGGUGGUGGCUCCACCUCAGUCUCGGUCACAACGGCAGCCAGUUCGGACUACGCGGACUCUCCUCUGGAUUACGCCUCGGUGAUCGAUAGCUACGAUAGUUACAUGGCCACGCCCUCGUUCCUGCAGCAGCUCCGAUCCUGCGAACCGGAUGAGAGCAUAGUGCUCUUCGACAUCCGUGGCAGUCAGCCCAGCAAGGAUUGUCCCAACAACGGCUCGCUGAUCCUCUCCAGCGAAGAGGAAGUGGCAGCAGCCAACGGCAUUAUCAACAAACUAUUCAGCAUUGUGGGAUCCCUAUUCGGCGGAAGUCCCGCAAGCGGCGGAGGUGCCAACACGCCGACAAGUGCCAAUAUUGAUGCGGAUUUGUUCUGCCUGUACGAACCCAACGGCGAAUGCAAGAAACUCUUGCUGAAACUCUUCGAGGCGACCAUGGCCAUCUGCAUCAAGGGUUUCCAAAACGAAGAAGUGGAGAAGAUGCAGAAGCACCUGCGCAAGCUGCGAGCCAUUAUUCUGAACCAUGCCACGGACAAUUGGUCGGAUCAUGGGGAGCAGCAUGCCCGGGACAAUGCGGUGAUCCAGACCCUGCAGACCUUGCUCAAGAUAGCCGAGCUGUCGAGCACCCACCAGGAGCCGGCGGGCGUGGUCAGCAGUCCAUCGGCGGACUCCCAGCAGCCCAGACCACGUGCCCGAUCUUUCAACAGCGGCAGCGUGGAGCUGCCCAGACUGCAGCCUGUCAAGCUGCCGGCCAAAAACUCCCUGGCCACGCCGCCCACGCCCAGGAGGAGGCCCAAUUCCAGUGAGGUGAUUGCGGGAGUCGAUGCGGAUUACUUCUCCACCCGCGCCUCCUUGAGCUGUGCCGCCGACAGCGAACUGGAGCUCAGCGAGAACGAGCACGAGUUUUACCUCACCGCCGACGAGGGCUACGAGGCGGAUGGCGAAAUCGCCGACCUCAGCGAGUCCGAGUGUGAGCUCAACGGCGGCGUCAUGGCAGCCAACGAGUCUUGGACUCCUUUUCAGCCCUCCUCCCGUUACCGAACCCACAUCAUGCACCAGGGUCUCAGCCAGCUGGUGGUGCAAAUGCUGGCGGAACUAUCCCUCCUCUGCAUCAAGCAGCCAAAUGGAUGGACCGAGAGUCUCACCCAGUUGGCCAAUCGGCUGUUUGUCAUCAGGGACUAUCUUGGUGGACCUCUGUGCCUGCUCAAGGGAUUCGCGCCGAUAUUGAGCUGCAGCGAUCCGAGAUUGAGAGAGCUGCAACAAUCGAUCCUGGAGUUGGUUACCCACCUGAACACUCCAGAGGUCCUCCAGUGCUACUACUCUAUCCUGGCCUCCAGACAGCCUCCCGUGGAUCUGCUGAUGCGCCACAUGCACCACAUCUCCUCCGGCUCCCUGCGCAAGGCUCAGCCCUGCAUGGAGUUGGACUUUCCCAUCACCACGGAUGGCAAGAUUGUGAUCACCUCGGAGCCGCUGGUCAGCGAGCAGAUCGAAAGGGUGCGACUGCACCACCAACAGUGCCAGUCGAGUACGCUUUUCACGCGGGCAGCCUGCAUUUUUCCAGUGACCCAGACACGGCUCUGGCAGCCAGACGGCUUGACCUUGUCCCUCUGGUUGGAGCUUAGGGGUCAGCAGAUGCACCGCAGUUCCAUGCAGUUCAACGACGAUGAGACGCGCUAUUCUGGAGAGGAUCUGACCAAACUCCACCUGCUUUCCUUGGGAACCAACCAAGCCAUGGUUAGUAUUUACAUCAGCCACAACAUGCAGCUGAUCUUCGAGUUGGUCAAACCACAUGAGCAACUAGCUCCGGUGCGAGUGGAGGAGCAUAUGGAGGCCAGUGCGGAUACGGCUUCGGUGAUUUCGGCCAACACACAAGCGGCCAAUGGAGGAACCAUUCGACAGGCCCUCAAGCAGACCAAGUUGGCGCUGCUCAACAGCUUCGGGCAGAUGCACUUGCUGAACGGACAUCAAUCCUCGCCAGACUCGCCGGGUGGUUACUUUGAGGGCUCCGCCGUGCAGCUACAGCAUUUGCGUUUACCACGGCACAAGUGGAUGCACUUGGUAUUCGGUCUGCAGCAGCAAGCAGAUGCCGUGGAGAUCAGCAUAUUCCUGGAUGGUCUGGAGCAACACACCAUGCGCUUGCCGUUCCACAAUCUCCGCCAGCUCACGCGAGUGCACAGCUUUCAGUGUCUUGCUCUGGGCGAGGGACAACCGACCAGAAGUCCCGGCGGCAGCAACUCCUCCUCGCGAUCCACUCUGGAUGGCUCUGCUCCCCGAUAUGCCCUGUCAAAUGUAAUCCUCUUCAAGCGUCGGCUAGUGGAUCCCCUGCUGAUGAUGAAUCUCACGGCCAUGGGACCAGACUUCACCGAGUUCACCCAGUGCCAGGUGGCCAACUGGAAGCCGAACUAUGGGUUUGUCAGCCUGGGCAAGCUGGCCUCCUCGAAUUUCGGGAACCAUUUGGACUGCAUGCGUCAGUUAAGGCAGUCCAGAGUCCUGGUGUACACGGCGCAGCAGCCGGAUAUUGUGAUGAGCUACGAUGCUAGCCAGGAACUGGACAUGGCCUGCUAUGGACAGCCGCAUGGACACAUGCUCUACGGCGAACUGCAGCAGCACCAGCCCCAGACGCUCCAGUCGGCCACUUCCCUCAGCGGAGGACUCUCCACGCUGCUGUAUCUCUUUGCCAGAAUUGUCGAGCUCACUGGCAAUGCGAGCACCCAGGCUUUGGCUCUGGAUAUGCUGCUCCAGGUAGCCCAUUCGGAUGCUCAGCUAUACACAGAGUUCCAGCGCCAGGACUACCUGGCUCUAAUAGGCUACGUGAUCAAGUCGGAGAAGUGCUGCAAGGAUGUCCAGCUACUGCGGAGCAUUGUGAACAAUGCCUGUUCCCAGGCGCUGAUCAGCCGGAAAGGGGAUUCAUUGAAUGUGAAUGACAAUACGAUGGCCACCUUGGUUUAUCCCCGUCUGCUGCUGGCCGUGCUGCAGCGAUACUCCGACUGGCAUCGCUCCGGGGCCACCCACUCCGAUGUCCUGGACAUGCUUUUUCGAUGCAUUUUGGCCCUCACCCGGGACAAGCACCCGCAAAGGGAUUUCAACAUGGAACAGCUGCAGAAAUCCGGCUUGCUGGGAGCCCUCCUCAAUCUGUGCAAGGUCUAUGUGAUAGAGUCACCCAGCCCGGUACAGAUUUCACCCUAUGCCGCCGAAUGCUUCGUCCAAAUUCUGGCGGUCUUUGCCGGAUCGCCUCCUGACUCCUCCAUGCUGGAUGAGAUCAUGAAGCUGCUCCUGCUUCUUCACAAGCCAAGUGAGUGUUAUGUGACCCACGAUCGCACGCACUUCUACUUCCUACUGACGGCUCAGCAACCGGCCAAGGAGCGAUCCUUGGUGGCAGCCAAUCUGAGCAGGGUGACCACUUCCCUGCGAAGGCAACUGCAUUCUCAGCCGCAGGAACUGGAUCCAGAGAGGGCGGAGAGAAUCAAGAAAUUGCGACGCCUUCAUGCCAGCACAUCGAGUUACAGGAAAGCCGUGAACGACUUUGAGGAGCAACUAGAACAGAUGGCGGACUGCUCCAAUCUCAACAAGACUGCCUUGAGACUACUCAGCCCUGUGGAGGCCACUCGGUGGCGUUUAAAGUUCAAGCGACGGCAUCCCACGAGUUCCAACAGUCCCAAGAGGAGCAGUCCCCUGAAGAUCGCGCGAAGACGCAUCCAUCCGCACCUGCAUCUGGGUAAGAUCUGGCAGCCAUCGGGUCACAGUACUCCCAGUUCGGGUCAGUCGUCGCUGCCUAAUAGGAAGACGGACUUUUACGAUCAGCCUGGGAUCAUCCGUCUGCAGCAACGCCUUCUCAUCCUCCUGAAGGACUUCCUGUGCCUGCUGCCUGACUCCUCGGUGGAUGUGGUCACACGUCACUAUGUGAAACUCGAACUGCUCCUGGUUCUGGCCAAUCAGCGCAGCUGCGCCGUACGCCAGUCCAUCAUCCAGUUGCUGGAUGUGCUUACCAAGCGCCUGGCCAGUGGUGAACUGAACGCUGCCACCAAGCUAAUGUAUCCCCUGCACCUGGCCAAUCAGUUGACCAUUCACGCAUGUGAUACAGGCAUGUUUGAGGCCUGCUUGGCCUGGACUAGCGGAAUGCAUGGCAGCCUGACGGAUGUCCUGAGUGGUGAUGCUCCUCUAAGGAUUCGUCAGCGCUUUGGACUUCAAUCCCUUCUGGCUAUCGCAGAGGGAACGGAACCUCAAAGGGUAUUUAAAGCCCUUCUUCGUCUAUAUCUCCAGAAUCCCGAUGAUCAGUCAUGUCUGAUUGAGGCAGGACUGCUGCAGUGCUCGGUAAAGGCGCUCUACAAGAUCUACUCCCUACGCCUGGGUCAAUCCAAUGCGGAUGAGUCCAUUGUGGAACUGCUGACGAAUCUUGGAGAGCGGGCUCUGCGGUCUCUGGGACAGAUAAAUCUCGUUUGGGACAUACUCAACCUUCUGGCUUUCUACCAGGACAAGCAACCGCAGCUCAUCAUGCGCAGCUUUCGCACCGCCCAGGCUCAACUCCAGCUGGAGUGGCUCACGAAGUUCUUUGAGCCCAACAGUUUCCGGAUUGCCAUUACAAAUGAUUCCCCACUGAGUAACACGGAGUUGCGCACCCGAGUGGAGCUGCUCAUCGAUCGCUGCACCCAGUUCUUCACCGUGGGUGUGGGCCAGACCACCGGACCCAACUAUGUGGCCAGUUCCCAGGAGCUGGCUCUCUUCCAGCUGCUCGUUUCCUAUGGGAUCUCGAGCAAUCAGCGAUGCAACAACUUCAUCGCCUGGGGACUACAACCAUCGCGUCCUCGGGAUCUGCGCUCCUACAUUGUGGAUGCCUUGUGGCGAUCCCAACAGGAUGAAUUCCAGCGGGCCAUCAUCUGCGACGGCAAGAUGAUCAAGGCGCUACUCUGGCUUUCUUUGCUGGAGGACAUGGCGGAGCCCAUUGAAAAUCUGCAGAGACUUUGUGACGCUUUGGGCAUCAAGGAGAAUGACUCCACCUGGAAUCUGGUCCAUGAGCUGGACCGCCUCGAUCAGAAUCGCAAUAAUAUGGCGGCCAAGCAGAAGACACUUCUGGAGAAGACUGUCUACAGAUUUGAGCCACUGGUUCAGCACUGCAUAGAGUCGUCCAUGGUGACCACGAGGAAAGUGGCGGAACUUCAGAAUGCUGAGCGCAAGGCCCUGAUGUGUCACAUGAAAGUCUACGACGAUACCUAUACCUACACCAAAUGGCUGGAGAUCAUACGUCGCAUGACGCACGAGGGUGCUCCCUGGCACUCUGCUGAGAGAGCUGAAUGCUCCUGGGAACUGGACGACACCGAGGGACCCUCCCGAGUUCACACUCGUCUGCGUCGCUGCCACCUGGACAUCGAUAGACGCUUCUUUAUGAACGAGUACCGGCCGGGUCAGGGCCAACGCGAGGAUCUGGAGCCUUAUGUGCGUCCUCUGGACUAUCUUAUAGCCAGCUACGAUCAACAGUUGAAUAUAUCGCUCAACUCCCAAAUCCUGUACAACUUUGCGGCAAAAUUCCUGCCCGUGGACGGAGAGAUCGAGGGCGAGAUCAUUAUCACCGAUCUGAAGCUCUACUUCCUGGCCACCUACCGGUGCCGGUACUUCAACGUCAACUGUGAUAUCGCCAACAUAACGGAGAUCUGGCUGAAGCGCUACCAGCACCAGGAGACGGCCUUCGAGAUCCUGCUGGACACCAACAAGUCGUUGUUCUUCUCGCUCCAGAACGCCGACGACUGGAAGAUUAUGCGCGAGGUAUUCUGUGAUAAAAUCGUGGCCACGCCAGACCAGGCCAAGGUGCUGGCCAUCACCCAGCAGUGGCGCGAGGGUCUCCUCACCAACUGGGAGUACCUGAUGACCCUCAACCAAAUCGCCGGGCGCACGUACAACGAUCUCAUGCAGUACCCAGUGUUUCCCUGGGUGCUGGCCAACUACAGCUCGGAGAUUUUGGAUCUCCGGGAAGCGCAUAACUUUAGGCGACUGGGACGGCCCAUUGCCGUGCAGCUGGAGGAAAACGAGAAGCACUACAUCAGCAACUACACGUACAUUGACAGUACCAACACCACCAUGGGCUCCCUGAUCCUGAAACCCUAUCACUACAGCUCUCAUUACUCAAACUCUGGCACCGUACUCCAUUUCCUGGUGAGGGUUCCACCGUUCACCAGCUAUUUCCUCCGCUACCAGGACAACGAUUUCGAUCUGCCGGAUCGCACGUUCCACGCUCUGAACACCACUUGGUUGCUGGCCAGUCGGGAUAGUCCCACGGAUGUGAAGGAGCUCAUUCCGGAGUUCUUCUGCCUGCCAGAGAUGUUCGAGAACUUUGAGCGCUUCAAGUUCGGAUGUCGACAGAACGGCGAAAGGGUGGAGGACGUCUCUCUGCCGCCCUGGUGUCAGCGGGACUCGCGGCUCUUUGUGCUCAUCCACCGACAGGCCUUGGAGUCGGAACUGGUGCGGAAUCAGAUCCACAACUGGAUAGACCUGAUCUACGGGUAUAAGCAGAGCGGGGAGAGCGCCGUGGAGGCCGUCAAUGUGUUCCAUCCAGCGACCUAUGCCGUAUUCCUGGAUUCAGAGAUCAGUGAUCCCAUCGAACGAGAAGCGGUCAAGACAAUGGUGAAGACAUACGGGCAGAUGCCCAGGCAGCUCUUCAGGUCACCACAUCCGGCUACCAAGGCGCUGGACUACUCGCUGGUGGACAAACCCAUAGUGUCCACCGUGAGGGGCCUGCGCUGGGGCGUCUAUGUGGGAUCGCCUCAGCUGAAGGCUCCGUCCUGGGCGAACAUCCACAAGAUACCCGGCACCGAGCACCUGGUGAGUUUCAGCAACACCAACGUGGUGUACGCCCUGCCGGCGAGGGCUAGUGUGAUGCAGGGAGCCGAGCCGGACACGUACAACGUGAUCUCCUGGGGCUACGACGACCGCAUUGUGAGGAUCCAACCACUCAACAAGCCACAGGCCAAGCCAAAGAACCUGCUGCACAAUGGAACAUUCGACGACAUCACCGCCUGCGGCUGCGAUGUCAACUCGAAUCAGCUUUGGUUUGGCCACAAGUCCGGCAGGGUUAGUGUAUACAAGUGCACGGGAGGAAUGGACUCCCAGCAGCGGGCCUCGGCCAAGAGCAGGCAGAGCUAUGCCCGAGGCUUCAGCUUGUCCUACAACUCGGCAUUCCGGAAGAUGACCAGCAAGGGAAUAAUAGGAGGAGGAGGUGGAUCGGAGAGAUUGGACGAGGCGGGAAAUCUGCACCCAACCAACUCGGCCUCCUCGGUCAACUCCUCAAGCAACUCCUCUGGCAGCGAUGCUUUUCAGCGGGACGGAGCCGAUCUUAACUGGCUGGGACCCACGUUGCUGGUGCGACACACCGACGAGAUCACCUGCAUCACCCUUUCCGUGGAGUUUAAGAUUGCGGUGACGGCGGGUCGCGAUGGCAUAGCCGUAAUCUGGGAUCUAAACGAUUGGAGCUAUGUGCGAACGAUUGCCCGGCCGGCAGAGAUCCAUCAGUCUCCCAUAACGCAUGUCGCCAUCAGUCCCACCCUGGGGGACAUUGUCACCGUGCACACCUUGCCCCAGCCUUCAGCGGAUUCCAAGCCUGCGGCAGCUGCGACUAGGCCGAAUUCCCUCAACAUUGCCGACGAAUGCUUCGAGGUCACGGAGGAGAACCUGGACGACUUUGUCAAUGUGAACGUGAAUCCCAAUGGCAAGUCCAUUUUGCGGCUGCACUCGGUGAACGCGCGAUAUGUGCAGCAUCUGGUGCACGAGGACCGCAUCCUGGCCGUGUGCUACUCGUACAUCAAGGAGGGAGUGGGCGUGAAUGUGAUAGCCACCGCGGUGGAGGGAGGAUUCGUGCGCUUCUGGUCCAGCUGGAACCUGAGCUUCGUCAGUGAGCUAACCACGGGCACUUCGCCCAUUCGGAGUAUUUGCUACUCCACACAUCAGCAUUUGGUGGUGCUAACGCGGGAGUCCCACAUCCAAGUUUGGGAGUCAGAGGGCCUCUAUGGAAACGCCCCCAAAUUCCCGCAGAUCGUCUACAAAUGAGCUCAAUGGGAAUAGUAUCGGAUCUACAUACUCAAUAACUCAACUCAAAGCAUAUCAAUGACAGACACAUAAAAAAACCUUAAAAAGCAGCAGAAUCAAAGAACAAAUUUUGGUCCGGUCAGACGGUGAAUGUUUCCUUCUAAAGAUAUCAAACUAAUACAUUCGCUUGCGACCGCCUCGAAAUUGAUGUAUCAGAAAGACUAUAAGAUUCCUAGGCUAGGUCUCAUAGAGCUGUAACAUACACCUUUUGUACCAAAACUUUUAAUUAUUAUUUAACCUUCGUAUUUUGUUUUUCCCGUGCCGCAUGGAAAAAAGCCCGCGCUGCCUUCAAUUGUUGAUAUUAUCAAAUAAACAAUCGUAUUUUGCAAAUAACCUUAA